ACGGUUUUGUUAUGGUGGAUAAUAUCGAUGUCUAUCAGGCUAUUUUGCACAUUGGUAACUCCAGGCAGAACUCUCUGGACGUUUACGAUGACAUUGAAAGGUAAGUUCUGCCAGUCCUUUGGUGGCCUUGGUUAUUAAAAGCUAUUAUGUUUCAUAUAUUUUUUUAAUUCCUUCUAGUGGAAGAACAAUUGAUGGAUCCUAUUCAUCAAACAAUUGUAAGUUUUUAUUUUUCCAAUAAAUUUGAACUGUUUUGAGGAAAGUGUGAUAAUCAUGACAUGCGCUAGGGUGUGUGUAAGUUAUCCCGAGACACAACUCAGGGCCCGUGUGUCUUCUAAAUCCUCUGUCUAGGUCGUGACAGGAGAGUUUACUGGUAUUUAGGUUAGCUUGUUAUAUUUUUAAAGUAAAAAACUGCCCUACUGUCGUUGUAAUCACUAGGUCUCGGGAGCAAACAGUUUGGAUUUUGAACCUUGUUUUGGAUAUCCGUCUUGUUUAAUGAAUAUUUAGAUGGUAGUUUCCUUUGGAUGUGCAUGCUCUGUAUUUGGAAGCUAGUUUUCAAAAAUGGAAUGUUUUAACAUUUAGCUAUAAUUUGAACACUGAGUGAUAAUCUGCGGGAUGCUGCAUGUGUAAUAAAGAUGAUGAACGCUUUUUACAGAAGUGUUGAGUAGAGUCUAUAAUUUAGGGUCACCCAUAGUCAGGACCAUAAGCUAGACCAGGGGUAGGCGACCUUUUAGUAGUCCUGUGUCAAUACAAGAUCUCGAAGUCUCUUGGCGUGCCGAUCCUGUUUAUUUAAAUUAAGGUGUGUAUGUAUUGGUUUUGUACUAUUUAUGGUUGCUGCAGUUGCUUUGUAACGUUGUAUUUGUAUGUAUGUGGGCUGUUUUGUUGUCUAUGCUCAUGAGUCGUUUGUGGUAUUGUGUAGGAUAUCUAUGAAUGUAGGCUGCAUAUUGGGGCUGCUUGUGCAAUUGUGUGUGAGAUGCUGUUUGUGGGGUUGUGUGAGUGUAUGUGAAUUGUCAACAGUGUUGUGUUUGUGGGGACAAUGUGUGUUUGUGUAUGGUCCGUUUGUAUUAUUUGUAUGAGGAAGAGACCUCUUCUGCAGCUCUGUGUAUAUCUAGCAGUGUGGACUGGGCUAACCAGGUACAGGUCAAGGGAGGAGCUGAGAUGGAGUAGCUGUGAUAACUGCUGUUAGCUACUCUACUGCAGAGCAGAUUCCCACUCACAAGAGCUUGGAGAAAGAUCACUUAUUUUAAGUGCUGCAAUGUAUAGAUUGAGGAUUGUCCCUCAUUACCUGCCAUCACAAAUCGGGUUGCACUAGCAGAUAUCUGAAGUCCCACUGGACUCCUGACAGGAAAGAGCCUGUUUGUGCCUUGAGUGCCAUGCUAGGGCACCUCGAGUGCCAUGUAGGGCACAUGUGCCAUAUAUUGCUGACCUCUGACCUAGGGGUCAGAGAGGAGACUACAAUCUUGAGCCCCCUGAACUGAAACUGCAGUUUAGAGUCACCCUGAGAUUAGAUUAUAGUUGCUCUGAGACAAGGUCAUCCCUGGAGAGUAGAUCAGUCUAUUUCUCAUGAGACAUGGUCACACUGGAGGGUCACCUUGGCAUUAGAUCAGUCUGUUUAUUGUGAGACAUGGUCGCACUGUAGGGUCACCUUGGGAUUAGAUCUGUCUAUCAUGAGACAAGGUCGCACUGUAGGGACACCUUGAAAUUAGAUCAGUCUGCGUGAGACAAAGCCAUACUGUAGGGUCACCUUGAGAUUAGAUCACUCUGUUUAUUGUGAGACAAGGUUGCAAUGAAGGGUCACCUUGAGAUUAGAUCAGUCUGUUUAUCGUGAGACAUGGUCUCUGACAAAACCCAUUGACCCAGUUAUUUUUCCCUGCAUUCGGUAGACUAAUCUACUGAACACCGACCACCCCCUGGUUCAUUUAACUUCAAAGAAACCAUGCACUUAAGUGCUCUCUGUGUGGCCACCGUUCGUAUAACCGAACAACACGUGCGAUGGAAAACGGUGGCCGUCUUGCUUACCGAAAGCAGGCAGUGGUACCUGGUCGUCGAGUGUCUGGAACCCUGCAAACACUGGUGAUUUGGUAUGAACGCCUGUUUCUUUCCACGACAAGCCAGGAGUGCGCUGUUCAGUAAUAUUGUUCGCAUGAACAAGGUGAACAAUCGCUACCUAUGAGCUAGGGGAACCAUUUUGUAUUUCUGAGCGAUAUUUGGACUUUUGGGGUAUUUUAUGCUUUAUUUUCUGUAACUCUAGUGCCUGGGAGAUAAUUAGUUUAAGCAAACUAAACUCCCGUAUCUCCCAGACACAGACACGCCUACAGUGUCACUUUAAGAUUUAGAAACCUCUAAAUCAAGAGUAAAAGGGGUACACUAGCCAUAAAUAAAGCAACAAAUAACUUUUUUUGAUGCGUCAAAAAUGCAUUUAUUUGAUAUGCUUCUUAUGUUUACCGUUCCAUUGUAUUUCUGGUCUGAUAUAAUAACUACACUUUCUAUACCAAGAGUGUGCAAAAACGCACGAUUUUACACUCCUCUGAUCCAUUAUAAUAUUGUAUUUUCUUGCUCGUCUUUUAUUUUUACGUUUGUGACCCACCUUGCUGUUUGUUUCUUGUCCCUCGUGCCUUUUCAGCUUUUGAUGAUAGCCAAGAUCUCUAUGAAGAUGCUAGCAGCAGCAGUGGCGCAGUAUUAAACAGGUCAGUAAACUAUAUUUGGAAUUUUAUCAGUUCUUAUUAGUGCAGACACCAUGAUGUGGUGUUAUCUUAACCAGUCCCUGGUCUGUUCCUGAAACCAAGACAAACCAAGCUUGUUUGUUGUUUGUGUAACAUCACAUGUGCGGUGAUCUUGUCCAAACAUAUAUUUAGUAAAUGCAUGGUCUACUUUCUCCUUGUGCCUCACUCGUUAAAGCCUUUUAAAGAAAUACUAAUAUCACCAGUGAUCCACCCGCUUUACAGGCUGUGGCCACCCAGGGUUCAUAGUCUCGCUCUGAGAUGGACUCCGUAAUCCACCCCACCAGCGAGAACAUAGGUUGAUGUUCAUGAAAUACUGGAGCUGAUGUAAAGCACAAACUGCACCAUGCAUGUUUCAGGGAAUCUGUAUUAUCUAUACUCAGGGGGUCUCCCGACUGGGCUGUGUUGCUUUCAUCGAACUACGUUUCCCAGAAUCUAUUUAUUUAUUACUGGCAUUUAUAAAGCGCCAACAGAUUCCGCAGCGCUGUACAAUUAGUGGACGCACAAUAUACACAGACAAAUACCAGAAGUAGAGAGGGCCCUGCCCGUAAGCCAGUUAAGCUCUUUUAUACAGAGUGCUUAACUAGAUAGCCUGUGAGCUUACAAUUCACUGCCAGCUUUUCAUCACUGCCUGGAAUAGAGUCAAAUAACAUCUAGUAACCCCAAUAAAGCCACGUUGGAAACUCCUGGACCGUCCACACAUCCCUAAAAUAACUUAACAUCCUCGAUUUUUUCCCACGGUAUAAGGCUUGCCUGCAUAAAGGGACACUAUAGGCACUCAGACCACUUCAGCUCUUGAAGUAUUAACAGAAAGCCACAAGAGGCACUUCCCUGUCAUUAGUCGACUUUUGAUCGCCUAACUGACACUGGGCGUCCUCACACUGUGCAUGAGAACAUCCAGCGUCAACUAAAACCCAUAGGGGUAGUCCUAAUGUGAGCACGGACGGUGCUUGCUGCACAUGCGCAUUAGGUCCCGAUGUGGGGCCUGACUUCAGCGUUGAGGGCCAUCAGUGCUGGAUUCGGGUAAGGGACAAAAGGGGUCGGUGAGAUAGCUCAGCAGUUAAUGCUCCAACUGCAGGGUUCUUUCCUGGUUAGAUGUCCCGGAGAGUGAAUUAGUCCACCUUCCUUCCAAGGCGGACCAUCGAACCUGGUUCAAUAGACAUAGAUAUUAUUAUUAAUGUAAAAAAUAAUGUAUUGUUGAGAAGUGUCUACAUCAUAGAAUAGCUGCUUUCUUAGUACUUAGUCUGUCAGCUCCUGGACAUUUUUUUGAUAUGUGUGUUUAUUAAUUUUAGCUCUGGAGGAAAAGGUCUAAAGAACAUCUUCAAGAAGGACCUGAAAAAGGUUGAUACCGGGUAAGACGCUUGCCAUCUAUUGUCUUUCAGUGGAAAUGUCCAUAUAAUAGGUGAGCAGACCAUCCCGAGAGAUGCUGACUGUCCUUCUAAACAUUUUAACAAACAGAAACUUAUUUUUUUUAUUACCAUUUACACCCCAGCCUGAAAUUUAAUGAUAUAUUUUUUUUUUUCUAUGGACUUCAGGCACCAAUACGUUAAUGCAUUGAGAAGUUUAGGCCUCAUUGAUAUUCUGCAAUUUUUUUUCAUGCUUAAAUCUCCCACCAUAACCCCCGUCCCCGUCACUCCCUGAGCUGAACUGGGAAGUCACCAUCACUUUACAAACGUUCCUAAAUUGUUCCUAUGUCUAACAAUAUACCCACACAUUAUGGUUGUAUGUAUAUUGCUAAUUGUUUGCCUGCUCUCCUGUCCUGCUGAGGAUUGCUACCAACUGGUGGACUUGGCAGUGGAGCCGAUAUAGUGCCCUACCUGAAUAGCAAGGCUGGUUAAUUUGCAUAUUAGGGUAGAUUUGCAUAUUGCUGUUUCUGCAGGCAGGGGAGAUACUUUGUGUUGGUAAUUGACUUCCCCAUCCCUUUGUAGAUAUGUUAUUGUGAUAUUAUAAUUCCCUAUGUUUUCUGAUAUGUUUUGUCACCAUAACUGCUGGUGAGGUAGCUCAGUUGGUAAAUUCCCUGACUACAAAGCUCCGCUACAGUAGGAAUGUCACUAUAUAUGUCUGCCUGAUCGUCAUAUGUUGUCCCCAUUCUUUCUGGUCUAAAUGAAUUUCCCCCAUGUCUCCUCUAUUUAGAUAUUUGUCACCCUCUCACCCUGAAAUUAUAGAGCGGAGUAUAAACAUGCAGUCUGUUUUGCUGCUCAAUGUUAUGGCAAAAACAGGAGAUUUUAAUGUAUGAUCAAGUUAAAGUUGAAACCUUUUUUUUCUUUUAAUGACACUUAGUGUUAUUUUUUUAAAUUAUGUUUAUUGAUUUUUUUUUUGUUGAGAAAAUGGCCCUUUUUUAAUUUAUUUUUUUCAUCUGAGCGCCCAUGUUGGAUCAGACUCUACUGUUAACUGACCUCCUGUUAACUUGCUGCGGCUGUGAUUGCUGUGUGUGAACCUGCAGCAGCAGCAAGUUAGGUUGACCAGCAGUUGGUCAGAUAUCAUUAGAUUAUCUGCCGCUCAGACAGAUAAGUGAAAAUACAUAAAAGAACAUAUUAAUAUCCGUCAUUUAAAAAAAAAAAAAAACCCUGAUAUUUCAUUAAAUCUAAUACACUUUUAAAAAGAAGUGGAAAUUAAAUGUCAAUCCUUUAAACAAUAUAUUUUUUGUAAUUCACAAUAAAAUGUUGCCAUUUAGUCGAGAAGGUUAGAAAAUAAGGCUGCGCACGCCGCUUGUGAAAUUCUUGGUUGAAAUGGGCGCUUUUCACCCAGAUAGUGGAACAAAGGAAGAUGGGUGUUCUGUACUUUCAGGCGCUUAUAAUAUUGUGUGAAUAAUAUAGGAAAAAGAGCUGCUUCCACACUUAAGUAGGAACUCUCCACCCUACUAUAAUCGAGUACAAACAAAACUACUAUUUUACAAAUCAAUGUCAGAUAGUGAGGCGUGUAAGAGACACUUACCCCUAAGAUUCUAAGGGAAUAUAUAGGGUGAAAGUAAUCGCUAAAAGGGAACAGAAAAUAUAAAGUGCCAUAUAUGGUGAUUAAAUGGUGAGGAUAGUGUCUUUACUGGAAUCACUCACAUUGUUUAGAACCCUCUUAAGGACCGGCUGUGAUCUCUUCCGACACCCUAGACGUCCAUAUUAGGUGAAAACCUCAAUAAUGGAGAUAAAAAAUGGGAGAGAGCUUUUCACCCAGAUACUUGAUCAAUGCAUGACAAAUUGAUCAAUAUUAUUGUCAUUAUUGUAUUUCUGGCAUUUAUCUGAACAUACAUGUGGCAAACCUAGCCACUUCAGACUAUUUUGUUUAUCUUUGAGCGUUGCCCUAGAAAGACUGGUUUAUAUAUGAUGUUUGAUGUGUUUGCUUAAAAUGUGACAGAGGGAAUUCGUAUGUGUGACAGAUCCAUCUGUCUAAGUACUAUUUGCUGGUUCGUCUAUUUUAUCUACAUUCGUGGAAUUACCUGUCCAUAUGCCCCUGUUCGUUUAUUGCAAUAUGUACCGAAUGAAACUAUCGAACAGACGGCCACCCAGAAGAGAAGUGUGCUGCUGGUUAACCUAUUGGCCUCAAUUAGAACAUUGUGGUUAACCACAGACACCUCUUCAUUCUAACCGUAUGCAGGGUGGUCGUCGUUCGCAUGUGGACCACGAGGCGGCAGCCAUUUUAAACACGCGAAUGCACAGCGGUGUUCGGCACUUAAACUAUGGAACUAAAAACAGACACUCUUUCUACCGAACACCGCUGAAACUGCUGACCGCCCUUCUUAUCCCCGGGCAUGCGAACACCGGUCCAUUCUGGACUUUUAUUGCACGAAUAGACUUAACCCAGAUAGUCAUCCCAUGGAGUCAAUCGCAUACCGAAAGAACAAUGUGAAAGACUUUGACUCGAUGGCGAUUGAACUGUGUGCAUUGGGUCUGAGCGCUAUUCGGCAGUUAUGGGCACUCAGACCCAGGCUAUCUGGGGAUACAUUACACGAACUAAAAGCAUUCGGUAGUUUUAUAAUUAUGGAUUUUUAUGUGUUUCUGUUAUAAUAUGUAAAAUGGCGAUUUGCCUCUAUCCCUGGAGAUAAUUGGAUUUCUUUCCAAUUAUCUCCAGGAUAGAGAGGAGGGAUUUACUUGUGCAAAGGGGAGUGUUUAGAGUUGAGCCACUGUGAUUGGCUACUGUAUAUUCUGUGUCCAAGUCUCCCAUCUGGUCCCCUAGGGGAGUGUCCACUAGGUGGGAGACCUGCAUAAAUACCGGGCAGGUAGCCCUCAUUAAAGCAGAAUCCUGUUUUACCCUCAAGACGGAGCUUGGUCUCAUGUUUGGGGGUAUUGCUACUUGGAAGUAUUAUUUUGCCUAUUCUAGGAGAGAAGGAGUUCGGCUGAUUAUUUAUUCGGGAGUUUGCAGUAUUCCCUUAUACUCCGUUCGAGAGUUUGGCGGUCCACAGCAGCAGAGCCUGUGUCUCAAAAGGGGGAAGAUUACCUAAACGGCGGUUUCACUCAUUUAAGCUGAGAGUGUCUUAACAACUGGUGGCAAGUGACGGGAUGAUCCUCAUCACCCAGAGAGACAGCCACACAUACAGGAUUAAUGGAAAUACUGUAUGAAAGGCUGAAAAGAGCUACCCUUAAAGACCUGCUGGAACAAAGAGGCCGACAAGCCAGUAACCUCAGGAAGAGGGAGAUUAUUGCCAUCCUGACCGAAAUGGAUGGAGUACGAGGGGCAGAAGGAACCAAUGGGCCCAGCGCAGCUGACAGAACCCCCGAAGAGGCAAGCUUUAACCAGGCAGUUAUAAUCAGGCUGGCCCAUUAUGGUCCCAACCCGACUAUGGAGAUCAUUGACCAGGUCAUAGCAGCUGUGGAGGCCAAUCUACUACGCCAAAGAGGCGCUGCAGCAGCUCAAGUCCCAGCAACCCCGGUGCAAAAGAGAAAGGUACAGUUUGCAGCAUUUAAACCUUUCAUUGAGACGGAAGGAGAGAUUGAUGGGUACCUUGCUGAUUUUGAGAGGCAAUGUGCCCUACACAAGGUGCCCGCCGAAGACUGGUUCACUAUAUUGUCUGGAAAGCUAUCCGGCCGGGCCAGUGAGGCUUUUAGGGCCAUUCCUGAUGAGGAGAUUAGGGAUUAUAAUGCAGUAAAAAACGCUCUGCUCUCCAGGUAUACCGUCACCCCAGAGGCAUACCGGAGGCGGUUCAGAGACACUGCCAAACUAGCCGGGGAUUCUUACGUUGAAUGGGCAUGCAGGGUACACCGCACAGCUGCCCACUGGAGGGCGGGGUUUCAAGCCGUAUCCGGGGAAGAGGUGCUACAGAUGUUUUUUACUGGAACACUGUUUUGAAAAAUUAUCUCCAGGAGUCAGAGACUGGGACACAGAAUAUACAGUAGCCAAUCACAGUGGCUCAACUCUAAACACUCCCCUUUGCACAAAUAAAGGUGCAAGUAGGUCUGGUUUAUUGAGGCCUACCUGCCCGGUAUUUAUGAAAGUGUCCACCAGGUGGACACUCCCCUAUGGGACCUGAUGGAACACUUGGACACAUAUUGGAUAUUAGCCAAUCACAGACAAGACAAACAAAACACUCACACAGUGACACUCCCACAGUGACAAUCCCUCCUCUCUAUCCUGGAGAUAACUGGGAAGAAAUCCAAUUAUCUCCAGGGAUAGAGGCAAAUCGCCAUUUUACAUAUUAUAACAUAAACACAUAAAAAUCCAUAAUUAUAAAACUACCGAAUGCUUUUAGUUCGUGUAACGUAUCCCCAGAUAGCCUGGGUCUGAGCGCACAUAACUACCGAAUAGCGCUCAGACCCAAUGCACACAGUUCACUUGCCAUGGAGUCAAAGUCUUUCACAUUGUUCUUUCGGUAUGCGAUUGACUCCAUGGGAUAACUAUCUGGGUUAAGUCUAUUCAUGCAAUAAAAGUCCCGAAUGGACCGGUGUUCACAUGCCCUGGGAUAAGAAGGGCAGUCGGCAGUUUCAGCGGUGAUCGGUAGAAAGAGUGUCAGUUUUUAGUUCCAUAGUUUAAGUGCCAAACACCGAUGUGCAUUCGCGUGUUUAAAAUGGCCGCCGCCAUCACCCUGCAUACGGUUAAAAUGAAGAGGUGUCUGCGGUUAACCACAACGUUCUAAUUGAGGCCAAUAGGUUAACCAGCAGCACACUUCUCUUCUGGGUGGCCGUCCGUUCGAUAGUUUCAUUCGGUACAUAUUGCAAUAAACGAACAGGGGCAUACAGACAGGUAAUUCCAGGAAUGUAGAUAAAAUAGAUGAACCAGCAAAUAGUACUUAGACAGAUGGAUCUGUCACAGUAUACUAGUGGCAUGAAAGCCGCUAGCAUUCAUAUGGUAGUUUCACGAACAGUGAUUUUCAACACUGUUCGUGAAAUGAACAAAGUCCCGAAAGGGAGCCCACACACAGGGGGUCGUGUGGCUCCCAUUAACCGAUUGCAACAAUGUAUCUAUCGGCUUUUAAUUGAGUCACAGGGUGGCCGUCGUUCGGCUACUGACCACAAGGCAGCGGCCAUCUUGGAUUGCCUUUUUGCCCACCGGUGUUUGGUUGUCGAGUGCCUGGAACUAAAAAUCGGCUACUCGACGGCAUGAACACCGCUGGACUUCCAGGCCGUUCGGGUGCACCGGUCUUUCGGUACUUUUUCCCCACUUGUAUAUUCGUGACUUUUAUGAGGAAUGUAUAUUGAAGUGUAUUUCGUGCAGCGUUCGGCUGAUUGUGCUGGGAUCUGAGCGGUACUUUCACGAAGUAUGCGCUCAGACCCCAGCUAUCUGCCGAACGGUCAUUCGGUACAAUGGCACGAAUAAUAUGUAAGUUAUGGAUUUUUAUGUGAAAAGCCAGUUCUGCUGUACGGAGGGAUAAUCUACUUAACAGGAUAUUCUAGUGGGAGUAUCCCUCUCGUAUAGCAGUGCAUGGUGGGAGAAAUGUUCUGUAUCUUAAGUCCCCCAUGUAGUCCCCUACUGUACAACCCCUGUAAAGUCGGUAAGGAAACCCCUUGCAUGGGGAACCACAUAAAUACUGGAGCUUGUGAAUAAAAUCGUCAGUUGACUCCCAGAACUGUGUUUCAUCUGGUUACUGGGGGAUUUGGGAUAUUGCCUUCAUUUUCAGCGAUUUCUUUGUGUGACGGUAGUAUAUGGUAUCAUCGUCAAGCAUUCCCUUCUUCCCACAAAAGAUCACCCAAUACUCCACAAGUAGAAAUAUCCCUGGAAUCGCCGAAUAAUCCACACAUGAGCCAAAGCUUAAUGCUGGAACAAGCAGGGGCGUUUUAGCCGCGAGGCUAACAAGGCAUUUGCCUUGGGCGCAUUUUUCAGGGGGCGGCAAAAAACGGCGUGCGGGCGGCUGGUGGCUGGCGAGGGAGCUCUUCCCCUGAGCGGUCUGCUCAGCUCCCUCGCGCGCCGCAGAGUGAGGCUGGGAGCCUAGGGCAGCACAAAACCAGGAUACACCACUGGGAACAAGACUGAUUUACUGGCACACAGGACAAUUUAUGCAAUACAAAACUCCUCCUCUGGGCCAGGCUAGAUAAUUGAGUAUCAACAAUACACAAGUUCAAUUAUCUGCUGGCCAGAAACAUUACAAUUUUUAACAAUUUCAGAAAAGUACUUUUUACAAGACAUACAAAUAUAAUUUUAACAUCCCUGGGUAGCUGAGGAUACUGGUAGUCACAUUUCCAGCUAUGUAACUAUGCAACUGUGUAACUAUGUAACUAACUGUGUAACUAUGCAACUGUGUAACUAUGUAACUGUGUAACUAUGCAACUGUGUAACUAUGUAACUGUGUAACUAUGCAACUGUGUAACUGUGUAACUAUGCAACUGUGUAACUAUGUAACUGUGUAACUAUGCAACUGUGUAACUGUGUAACUGUGUAACUAUGCAACUGUGUAACUAUGCAACUGUGUGACUGUGUAACUGUGCAACUGUGUAACUGUGUAACUAUGCAACUGUGUAACUGUGUAACUAUGCAACUGUGUAACUAUGCAACUGUGUAACUGUGUAACUAUGCAACUGUGUAACUAUGUAACUAACUGUGUAACUAUGCAACUGUGUAACUAUGUAACUAACUGUGUAACUAUGCAACUGUGUAACUAUGUAACUAACUGUGUAACUAUGCAACUGUGUAACUAUGUAACUGUGUAACUAUGCAACUGUGUAACUAUGCAACUGUGUAACUGUGCAACUGUGUAACUGUGCAACUGUGUAACUAUGCAACUGUGUAACUGUGUAACUAUGCAACUGUGUAACUAUGCAACUGUGUGACUGUGUAACUGUGCAACUGUGCAACUGUGUAACUGUGUAACUAUGCAACUGUGUAACUAUGCAACUGUGUAACUGUGUAACUAUGCAACUGUGUAACUAUGCAACUGUGUAACUAUGCAACUGUGUAACUAUGCAACUGUGUGACUAUGCAACUGUGUAACUGUGUGACUGUGUAACUGUGUAACUGUGUAACUAUGCAACUGUGUGACUGUGUAACUGUGUAACUAUGCAACUGUGUGACUGUGUAACUGUGUAACUGUGCAACUGUGUGACUGUGUAACUAACUGUGUAACUAUGUAACUAUGCAACCGUGUAACUAACUGUGUAACUGAGAUUUUCUUUUCCUAUUUCCUUCACAUUUGCAGAUCCGUCUCCCCAACAUCUUUAG